AUGGCGACUUCGACCGAGGCAAACGCCCUUGGGUACAACCUCGAUGUAGAUUACGUCGUCCGUUACAGCUUCGGCAAUGUCGAUCAGUCGCAAGCGAUCCAAGAGCUGGAGAAGCUGCUCCGGACGCUUGAAAGCGUUGGAUUACAGACUGAGGUGCGACAAGGGGAUGAGACAUCUCUUCUCAUCUUUGUGCGUGCCACCAGCAAACGAUUGAAGAGGGCGGUGUAUCGGUCGCGGGUACGCGACUGGCUCUAUGGUAUUCUUAAUGCCGAGCCCGAUUCCGCUGGCUCUAUCGAGCCCGCCACCGAGGCAGAGCGUUUGCGGGUGGUCAACCAGAUGAUCACCCUCCCGGCCGAGGAGGGCGGUGCCGGAAUCACCCCUAACCACGGCGAGUGGAAGAACGUCACGAAUGUAUUCCCUCUCCACGACGAGGAAACCAACAAGAAAUGGAUGCGCGACUGGAGCAAGAAGACCUUCCUCUCAGACGAGGACUUGGAUCAGAUUCGGGAUAAGUUUGGAGAAAGCGUUGGGUUCUACUUCUCAUUCUUGCAGUCCUACUUCCGCUUCUUGAUUUUCCCCGCUGUAUUCGGCUUUUCCUGUUGGUUCUUCCUUGGCGGCUAUUCAGUUAUUUACACUGCAGUUAACUGCCUUUGGUGCAUCAUCUUUGUCGAGUAUUGGAAGCGCCAAGAGGUGGAUCUGAGCUGUAGGUGGCAGACCAAGGGAUUGUCGGUUGUUCAGACAACCCGACGCGAGUUUAAGCCCGAGAAGCAGGUUCGUGAUGAAGGCACUGGUGAGAUGCGAGGGAUUUUCCCUGCGACCAAAAGAAUGCAGCGGCAACUUUUACAGAUCCCAUUUGCGAUCCUGGCUGCGAUCGCAUUGGGCAUCAUCAUUGCAACUUGCUUUGCCAUUGAGAUCUUCAUUUCGGAGCUGUACAAUGGUCCUUUCAAGUCUUAUUUGGUCUUUAUUCCCACUAUUCUCGUCUCCGCAGGCGUCCCGACCAUCAGUGCUGUUCUCAUGUCGAUCGCCACUCGAUUGAACGACUAUGAGAACCACGAAACCAACGACGGUUAUGAUGUUGCGCUGAUUCAAAAGAUCUUUGUUAUCAACUUUAUCACCUCGUAUCUUCCGGUUCUGCUUACAGCCUUUGUAUACGUGCCUUUCGCUAGCCGGAUCGUUCCUUACUUGGAUGUGUUCAGGUUGACGGUUCGCCCGUUUGUGUCCAAAGAGCACUGCGAAUCGAGGAAAUCGCACUUCCAAAUCGACCCAGCUCGACUGCGUAAUCAAGUCAUUUAUUUCACAGUCACUGCCCAGAUUGUCGGAUUUGCCAUGGAGACGAUCGUGCCGUAUUUGAAGCAGCACGCAUUCCGCAAAUACAAAGAGUACAAAAAGCGCAAUGGCAAUGGCAAGGCUGGACAAAAUGGCGACAAGAGUUCCCCUGAGCGGUCACCAAUCAUGACCUACGAUGAUCCCACCGAGGAGAAGGAAUUUUUAAAGCGUGUGCGCAAUGAAGUCGAGCUGUCUGAAUACGAGGUUACCGAUGACCUACGUGAGAUGUGCAUUCAGUUCGGAUAUUUAGCACUCUUCUCACCCGUGUGGCCUCUCGUCCCUGUCUCGUUCUUCAUCAACAACUGGAUCGAACUUCGAUCCGACUUCUUCAAGAUCUGUAUGGAAUUCCAGCGACCCACGCCUCUGCGGGCUGACACUAUCGGUCCCUGGCUCGACACCCUCGGCUUCCUGUCUUGGGUCGGCAGCAUCACGAGUGCCGCUCUUGUGUAUCUGUUUAGUGGAAACCCGCAACACGGCCCCAAUGGUGAUGCGACCGAUAUCAGGGGCUGGGCACUUUUGCUGGUGAUCUUCUUCUCCGAGCAUCUCUAUUUGAUCAUUCGGUAUGCGGUGCAGAUGGCCAUGACCAAGCUCGAGCCUCCCCAUGCCCGCAAGGAACGUGCUGAGCGUUAUCUCAUGCGCAAGCGGUACUUGGACUCGACUAUUACUGCCGACACGGAGAAAGAUCUGCAGUUGGACAAAGAUGACACACUGCUUGAACCGCCGGAGAUCUCACGCUCCUCUCUCGAGGAUGAUGCCCGGCAGUCAUCUACGCACGAUGCAGACCCCGCCGAGCGAUUCUGGCAGCGUCAGCACGGCUGGACAGAGUCAGCAAAGAUCGGGGCUGGCAUCAUUCGAGCCCAGCCCAGCAGUGGAAAUGCGAAGAAGCAGCAAUAG